CCCUCUUCUGGAUGCGCUCUAACAGGUCUACGACUCCGCAUUUGGACACAGUACUCCAGCUGGGGUCUCAGCAGUGCAGAGCAGAGGGGCAGGAUCCCCUCCCUCACCCUGCUGGCCACGCUGCUUUUGCUGCAGUCCAGCAUACGGUUGGCUGUCUGGGCUACGAGGGCACAGUGCUGGCUCAUGUCCAGCUGCCAUCCACCAGAACCCCCAGCUCCUUUCCAGCAGGGCUGUGCUCCAUCCUUCCAUCCCCCAGCUUGCACUGAUAGUGGGGGCUGCUGCAACUCAGGUGCAGACCUUGCACUUGGAUUUGUCAAACCUCAUGAGGUUCUCCUGCACCCACAGCUCAGCCUGCCUGGGUCUCCCUGCAUGGCAUCCCAUCCCCCAGGCACGUUGACUGCACCCCACAGCUUGGGGUCAUCUGCAAGCUUGUUGUGGUCCAUUUAAAGCACUUCUACUCUUUCCACAUUGUGAAAAGGUCUUUGUAAUUAAAAGCAAAUGGCAGCUGACAUUUGUCUGUUCGAUUCCCUUCGGCUCCCAAGCGAUCACACUAAAACCUUAAGAAUACUUCUACUGUUAGGUGCAAGAGCUCAGAGAAUGAAACUUCUGUGAUUAUUUUCUUCUCCUGUAAGGAUGUAGGGACUAAAUCCGAAGCUGAAACAACAAAGUAACUGAGGCAUUAUUCAUGGAAGCUUAGCCAACACCCCCUGCUCAGAGCAGGAGCUGCCUUGAUUAUCCUCAUGGGUCCCUUCCAACAUGGGAUAUACCACGAUUCUUCUCAGCUACAAGACACAAAAACACAUCCUAAAGGAGGAAAUCUCAGCUUCUCCAGGCCACCUGAGGUCCUUCGGGGCCUCCCUUAUAAAAAGACCUUACCACCUUCUGCAGCAUGAGGACAAAACCUAUUUUUAGCGUUACUUCCACUGGAGAAGCCUGAGGAUUGCCCCCGGCCUCCUCCUGGCACCUUGUUAGGGCUGUUCCUCUCCACAGGCAGCACGGAGCCAGCAGACCUCACCCACACCUGCAUCCUUCCCCUCGGGGAAACACUUUGAAAAGCCUCCCCCGGGCUCAGCCCCCAACAACCUGCCAGCCUUCCCUCACACAAACACCUUCCCAGCGCCCCGUAGACGCCUGCUCGCUGCUUUAUUCCCCUUUUACCGGGGGAGCUACGCCUGAAGUUGUGCAAGAGGGAGAGGCGGGCGGAGAGGCAGGCAGAGCUCCUGGGCUGCCACCGCUAUCACCUCAGCGCCAGCGGGCGGGAAAGCGCCAAGCCUACAACCCCCCCCCCCCACGCCAAGCCACGGAGCCGAUUUCGCGCAUGCGCGGCGCCGCCGGGGGCCGCGGCCGCCCCGCUGAGGGGAGGGAGGGCGGCGGUGAGCGCUGGGGAGGGUGUUCCUUGCCCCGUUGCUCGGUGCGUGGUUAUUCUGAGAUUUCUACACGCUCCCAAACCGGCUGCGAGAGGAAUCGGCUCGUCUCUUCUUCCCUCGCGGGUGGCUCGCUCUGAGGGGGUGUUCUCCCUUCCUCCUCGCCGCGGAGAGGGCACCCCUCUUCCCCCGCAGGCUGAGGGAGAGACGUUCCUGAGGGGAGAGGGGUCCUCCUUCCCCCGCCGCCGAGGGGACAGGGAUCCCCGUGCCCGCUCCCCUGUCAGGCUGAGCCAAGCUGAGGGCAAAAACCUCGCAGCUGCAAGCAGGUGGGGAAAGAAGCCGCCUCCUACCUUGUGAGGCCAAAUGUUGCUAUUUUCCCUCCCUCUUUCUUCCUUUCUCCCCACAGGCUGUGGGGCUGGACCAGCGCGAACUCCUCUUUCGAGUCACUCACUGAGUGGGGACUGUGGCCAUGGCUGCGGGCGGCAUCUGGACGUCGCUGGGGCUGAUGGUGGCCAUCGUGGCGGCCGUGGGCCUGUGCCGGAGCUUGGCUCGCCGCCGCCUGCACGCCCACCCACGCCUUUGCUCAUUCCUCCUGGAGCUGCUGAGCACCUUCCAGGUGUGCGCCUGCACCAACGAGCUCAGCCUGCUGGGCAACACGGAGCCCAGGCCGCACACCGCCCUCACCCUCACCUACGGCUUCACCGUCCUGCACGGCCUGACGCUGCCCGGCAGCACGUGCAACCCCUGCGGCACCCUGCAGCCCCUGUGGGGCGGCCGGACCUCGGUCAGGGCGGGGGGACUGAAGAUCGGUGCGCAGUUCGUCGCUGCGGUGUUGGCCAGGGUCUUUAUGCACUUGAUCUGGAGGCUGGAGAUGGCGGAAUCCCAUCUGGGGGCACUGACUCAGGGCUGCGGUGACCCCAUGCAAACGACGGAGGUGCAGGCGUUCUGCAUAGAGCUGCUGUUCUCUGUCGUUUUCCAGCUGACCAUCCUGCAAGUGGAAAACAUUAAGCCCAGCUACAGAGUCCACGCGGUUGCUCUCCUCAUCACCAUGCUGGUGUUUGCAGGUGGAAAUCUUACAGGAGCAAUAUUUAACCCAGCGCUGGCUUUUUCAUUACAUCCAGAUUGUUUCUAUGACAAAUUUUUUACUUAUUCACUAGUAUAUUGGAUAGCACCAUGCUUAGGUACCAUACUUGUGGCAUUUGUAUGGAAAUCCUUUCUCGGACACCAGAAGACACUAAAAUCUGAAUUAUAGUAGGACUACAUGAAAAAAAAGACUUUCAAACAAGUUAACUUGCAGCCACCUACAAAUGAAAUGAAGCUUUCAGAAAAAGCGCUGUCAUCAACUUCCGCACCUCUUUUCAAUUGUAUCUUCAGAUUUCAUGUAUUGAAAUUUCACUUACAGCUUUGUAUUCAAAAGUUUUCUUUGUAACACUAGAUCAGAUGUGGAGAGUAUCUGCCAGCAUUUUCUUAGAAUCGCAGAAUCAUAGAAUGGCCUGGGUUGAAAAGGACCUCAAAGAUCAUUGAGUUUCAACGCCUCUGCUGAGUGCAGGGUUGCCAACCACCAGACCAGGCUGCCCAGAGCCACGUCCAGCCUGGCCUUGAAUGCCUCCAGUUAUUUUCAGUUAAGCCAUACGAAUGUGAAACGUGAAAGACUGUUAGAACAUUGAAACUUUGUCACUAGCCAUAAGUGCCAUUUGCUGACCUGAAUUACAAUGGCAUAUAAAACUUAAGUUUAGAUAAAUACCAGACCUUUCAGGGUUUGAUUUUAUUGGAUUUCCUCCUGUAGACGGCAGCUGCAAAAACAAAACUGAAGAUUUCCCUCGAUAGUGACCUCAGCAAUCUCUCACUUGCCAUAUACGUACCUCUGAGAGGAAAAAAGGCUGAUUUGUUUUCUGCUCCCUAGAAGAAUCUACACAGCUCUGUUCUAGAGGUGACCUACAGCAAAAGUACAAACCUGUAGGAGCAGCAGUGGUUUAAUAGUAAAGUGCAGGUAAGUAACCCUUCUCUUCCUUUCAGGAAGGUUCUGCCCCACCCUGUCUCACUGCAGUCUAUUGAAUGUUUCCCUUGAUUGGGAAGAGCAAUAAUAAAGCAGCAAGUUCUGUAGACACCCAGCUAAAAGCUCAUUUCAAGGAAAAAAUACUUUAUCCCAGAUUGUCUGUCUUUUGCACACAAUGAAACCGAUACAAUGUGUAGGGAUGGAUCACAGGGAAUUUGAUGCAUCCUUGAUGUUAUGCAACCCUGACCAGAUGUUUUUCUCGAAAUAAAUGCAUUUGCAAUGUA